GCGAGUUAGAACAAUAGAACCAGCCUAGACCUAGGUCUUUACUUGGCUGGCUUUGGCAGGUUUGGUCAAUUUCGGGCUAGCAUCUUUGGCAGGUUUGGGCAAUUUCGGGCUAGCAUCUUUGGCAGGUUUGGACUCGUCUCUACCUAACACCCCCCCCCCCACUCUAACCCCUAACUAUGCCCUAACUUCUCGCUUUGAUGGGGGGCAACAAGCGCGCGAACUCUCACUUUCGUUUUUGCUUAGAUGCGGCUUGUACCUCUGGAUCUUGUCAGAAUGGUGGGACUUGUUCGAAUAAUAAAUGCAGGUAAGCGGCGUUUCGUUGUGUGUGAAUAUUUUGUUUCGUUGAUCAGUCGAUGAAAUACAGUGUCAAAAUCUGAAGAUUGUUUUGAAUUCUCGUUCGAGCAUCGUCGUUUAAAGACCAUGUCGAGUCCGUUCUGCGCAUCAGUUCUGCUCAUAACAAAAGGGGACCCACAUUUGAAUUGAACCUUUUCAAUUCAUUUGAAUUGAAACCCAUUUCAUUUGAAUUGAAACGUACUCUGGUUUAUAUUCAUUUACAAUUGCGAACCAGAAAAGUGUUAGAUAUUCAGUAAUAUUCAGUUAGUAUGUCUUAUUUGACAAAUACAGCAGUUCAAAAUGUAAACAAAGGAUUUGUUUACAUUACGGACUUGACAUGGUCUUUAAUUUUCAGCUUGAUCUCUUCCCAUGCAAAAUUAAGGCUAUGUCUUAAUUGUAAAAAGCGUUCAAAUUAAGACAUAGCCUUAAUUUGAACGCUAACCCCCACCCAAUCCACACUUUAACCUCUAACCCUAUAAUCUAAUCCCAGUCUCACCCUAAUCUAAAUCUGACGACCUUUUCUUUUCUUUUAAAAUAUUGUUAGCUAUUUAAACUCUCAUGAUGUUAUAACAUUUUUAACAGCUGCAAAAGUGGCUUCACUGGGAACCAAUGUGAUGUGGACGUUGACGAAUGUAAUGAAUUUCCUGGAAUAUGUCAGAACAAGGCAACUUGCACUAACACUAAAGGCUCGUACGCAUGCACUUGCAGAGCUGCAUAUACAGGAACAAACUGCUCAAUAAAUAUCGAUGGUUGUAAGACGGAUGAUGGUUCAUCAAAAUGUCUGAAUAAUGGUACAUGUAUUGAUGGGGAGGGUGAAUUCAGCUGUAAAUGUCAAGACCCAUAUAUAGGUAUGAUGAAUAUUUUUAUGUAUAUAGGUAUGAUGACUAUUCUUAACAUGAAGUAUUCAGCUUUGCGUAUGUCCAGUCUCUUUGGUCGAGUUAUGUAUGGUCUGUUAGUUAGGGUUAGGUUUCCCCUAGAUAGAUGAUUAUUAUCUACAGUAUUUGUGCACUUUUGACAAUUGAUGCCAUUCAUCUAUUUAUCCCCGAGACUGCAUGCAUGUACUGUAUUUGUCUAUUAUUAAUGAUUCUAUUACCAUGCAGUUACUAUUACCUCAUACGCGCCCACAUUACUUACCUGUUGAGGAUUCUAUAUAGUACUUCAUAUAGAUUUUUUUUGCUCUUUCUCCAUUCAUAAUAUACAGGGUGCAGGGAUCAAUAUAAAAGUCGGCCACCGGCCAUUAGCCGAGCAAAAUGCUGAUAUGGCCAUCUACUGAUUGCUCUGCACGGACAUUAUGGCCGACCGUUUUGUCUCAUUAAUUUGAAUAUUUCUUCCUUUAUUGUUGCAAAUCUUUUUAACAAAAUCUGUAAUGUUUAACACAUGCAAACAAAGUUUCCCAUCUGCUAGACAAUCACAGAAUCUGAAUUGCUAAAUAUAGCAACCUAUUAUUGUCAAACAAAGUCCUCUACACUAAUGCUCCCAUCGCAUUAACAUUUAGCAAUCUCAAUGUUAGUAGUUUGAACAAAUCGUCUCCUUGGGCUUCGAGGAGAUCUCUUUUUUAACUACUGGUUCAUUAAAUUAUUAGAAAGUUAUAUUAUAUAUAUAUAUAUAUAUAUAUAUAUAUAUAUAUAUAUAUAUGGUUUUAGACUAUUGGUAGUUGUUACGGUUUUGGUUUCUAGUACUGUGACAACUGACAACGUCCCUCUUGCGAAUAAUUAAGUGUCCGAUCAUGUCCGACCAAAACAUGGGUUGGUCUGACACAAUGUCAGACCAAGUUUUCAGAAUUAUAUUGAACUCUGACAGGGUGUAUCAAAAAACCUGCAAAUCCUUUGAAAUACAAUGUUUUUAGAAUUUGCAUGAUUCAGAACUAAUUGAUCCCAAGCGUGCGUAAACACAAUAGUUGACCCAUUCGCAGUCGAACUGACAAUUAGUUUUCUGCAUUACAAAUAACUUUGUGUUAUUCUAAUUUCUAUCAACGCGGUUUAAUAAUUAGAAUGUAUAUUUUCAAAUCGAUCUCAGGACAAACAUUGAAAUGCUAGUAUAAGCAGCAGAAUUAUGCAAAUUAUAGUGUUUGCAGGUUUUUUGAUACACCCUGACCCUGUAUUUAUUGAUAUUGUUGUGAAAAAUUUAUGCAAAUCUUUUAAAGUAAGUUUAUUAUUUUGAUUAUUUUACACUUGUUACUGACAGUAUAGUUGAGCCCCUUGUGGUUGACUUAGUGAGUUGACCAGUCAACAUCCAACAUAUGUUGUUUCCCUUCCCAAGUAAUACAAGUAAAAUUGUUUGGCGAUAAGGUAGAAAAACUAUAUCACUUUGAUCCCCAUUACAGGGUCCCUCUGCCAGUGGGUAGAUGAGUGUAAGAAUGUGAAAAAUCUAUGUGGCAAAGGAGUUUGUGAUAAACAUCGAAAUGGUUCGGCAAUCUGCAGAUGUAAUAGAUCCAGGGUAUAAUGGCACCUUUUGUCAAAAUGAUAUUGAUGAGUGCUCAUUACCUAUAUCACCAUGCGAUAGCGCAAUCUCCACGUGUGUUAAUACUCCAGGCUCAUAUGUUUGUUUCUGCAAAGAUGGCUAUACAGGU